UCGCAGGAGCAGCGCAGACUGCAGCGUAGCUGACCUACUGGGGGUUCCCUUUGGAUUCGAGCUCGCCAGCGCCGCGACGAGUUAAUGUCCCCCCCUGUCACUGUAGGUGAAAGGCACGGUGUGUAACUUCCAGGACACGUUGGUCGUUGUGCUUAGCGGAGAGGGCAGCGCGAGUGUGCGUAUGUGUGUGUACUCUGGAUGUGGACCGAGUUCGUUCUGCCUGCCCUCCUCGGCUCGUAUUACAAAGACAGGAGAACGAGGGAGUGUUCGGAGGAGAGAGUUCCGCUAUGCAAACUGACAGCAUCGUAUGUCUCGAUUCCCGAGGUCUUGAAAGAAAACAAAGGGGGCGACGUGGGUGACUAAAAAAAAAGCUAAGAACUAGCGAAAGAAAUGGAAUAAUCUAGAUUUACAGUAUUUUUCCGGACUAUAGAUAACGUGUGGAAAACGGAUACGAAUUCGCUUAGACGUCAGUUUACGGACAGAGCCAGACACGGUGAAUAUUGCUUUCAUUACUACCGAAGCAGUGGACUGGACUGAACGCCGCGCAACAGUGAACACGCCGCAAAGGGGACGUCGAGACUGACUGACAGGUGGCCGCUGUCUUCCCUGCAACGCGUCUUUCAAUCAAGAGAGCCCUACAAGUGCGAGGAGGCGGAGUCAGAGCAAUGGGCGGGGCAAGAGUCCUGCUGUUGUUGCUUCUGAUUGGCUGGGGAAAGGUGAUGUGUAUUAACUGGAACCCAGUCCCACGCAAGACCAUCAAACACAGUGAUGUGUGUGACAGCGUGGCAAGGUUUCGGGCGGAGGGAGUGUGGAACUACACCAUGCUGACUCUGGGGGAACACGAUCGUGUGCUCUACGUGGGCGCCAGGGAAGCCAUCUUUGCCCUGGACCCCAGUGACAUCAGCAAGCAGCUCCAAACCCAGAUCGACUGGGCUGCCCCACAGGAGAAAAAGAGAGAGUGUGUGACCAAGGGCAAGAACAACCAGACGGAGUGCUUCAACUACAUACGUUUCCUACAGAGCUACGACCACAAUCACCUGUACACCUGUGGCACGUACGCCUUCCAGCCCACCUGCACCUACAUCAACACAGAGCGCUUCACUUUGGACACCUCCGCCCUGGAGGAUGGGAAGGGGAAGUGUCCUUAUGACCCAGCCAAGGGCCACACUGGGCUUCUGGUUGAUAAGGAGCUGUACUCGGCCACCGACAACAACUUCCUGGGAACGGAGCCAGUGAUCCUGAGGAACCUGGGACAGCACUACAGCAUGAAAAGCGAGUCCUCCAUCUGGCUCAAGGAGCCGGACUUUGUGGGCUCAGCGCUGGUUCGGGAGAGCAGCGGGAGCAAGGAAGGGGAUGAUGAUAAGAUCUACUUCUUCUUCAGAGAGCAGGCUGAGGAGUUGUCCUGCGACAGCGGGAUCACUGUGGCCCGCGUGGCCCGGGUCUGCAAGGGAGACCAGGGGGGCACGCGCACCCUGCAGAAGAAGUGGACCACCUUCCAGAAGGCCCGCCUCGUCUGCUCCCUUCCCGAGCGUCACGUGACCUUCAACAACCUGCGCGCCGUCUUCACCCUGCCUGGCCCCGACUGGCGCUCCACCGCCUUCUACGGCAUCUUCCACGCCCAGUGGUGUGACGUGGACAUCUCGGCCGUGUGUCGGUUCCACAUCGGGGAGGUGAAGGAGGUGUUUGACGGGCCCUACAAGGAGAACCGGGAGGCCUCCCAGCGCUGGGGGAAAUACAUGGGGCCCGUACCCAGCCCCCGCCCCGGAUCGUGCAUCACCAACUGGCACCGGGAGAACGGCUACAUCAGCUCCCUGCAGCUCCCCGACUCCACGCUCAACUUCGCCAAGAAGCACUUUCUGAUGGAGAAAUCGGCCGAAGCUAGCCCCCUACUGCUCACCAAGGGCAUCAACUUCACCCAGCUGGCGGUUGACCGCGUCAUCGCCCUCGACCAAAAACCCUACAGCGUCCUCUUCAUUGGGACAGCUGAGGGCUGGCUCCAGAGAGCCGUGGUCCUGGGUUCGGAGGCCCACAUUAUCGAGGAGAUCCAGCUGUUCGACCACCCCCAGCCCGUGGACAGCCUGACCAUCUCCCACUCAAAGAAGUUCCUGUACGUCGGAUCGCGCUCAGAGGUCCUCCAGCUUCCGUUGGCCAACUGCAGCCGCUACUACUCCAGCCCCGACUGCCUCCUGGCCCGCGACCCCUACUGCGCCUGGGACAGCGAGGGCCGCAUCUGCGUCCGCAUCGACCUGCACCGCGGAUCCACCUCCACCCUGUCCCAGGACCUGGCCCUCGACCGCUUCAGCAGGAGCAAAGCCAAAUUCGACAAACCCGUGUUCAUCCCCAGCUCCGACCCCUCCCGGCUGAAGAACGUGACGGUGGUGGUGGGUUCAGACCUGGUCCUCCCCUGCCAGCUGGUGUCCAACCUGGCUCAGCCCUCCUGGCUCCUGAACAACCAAGAGCUCCCCCUGGCGGCCGCUGACGACGGUGCGGCCACGGCGGGAGGCGGCGGCCCGCGUUUCGACAGGGUCCUCCGGGCGCUGGUCGUCCCCGACGCCGGGCCCCAGCAGGCCGGCCGCUACACCUGCUUCUCCGAGGAGCAGGGGGUGAAGUUCAUGACGGAGCGCUACCAGGUGGCCGUGGUGGCCAGCGCCCCGGUCUUCAUGGAGGCGCGCGCUCCGGACGGCAGCAUGGGGCUGUUCUGGGUGCUGGUGAUCACCCUGGGGGCGGUGUGCCUGCUGCUCAUGGGCCUGGCGCUCUACCUCCGCCGGCGGCUCAAGCUGGCCCUGGGGAAGGGCGCGGAGAUGAAGCCCCUGGAGAGCACGCUGGUCUACCCCAUCACCCUGCCCAAGGAGCCGCCCACCUUCGUGCCCAGCAAAAUGGUCUCUGACGAGGACCGCUUCUGGGAGACGGGAGCCAACUACUACUACUCGGACGGGUCGCUGAAGAUCGUGCCGGGCCACGCCCUGUGUCCCAGCGCCGCGGGGCCCGGGACCCCCAGCGCCAUCCCGGGGCAGCCCAUCCACUCGCCGAGCCGGCUCAGCCUCACCAACAUCCGCGGGUCCGGCAGCAACGGCUACAUCCGGCUGAACCUGAGCUCGGCGGGGGAGGAGAGGGCCGGCGGGGGGGCGCUGGGGGGCGGGCUGGGCGGCGUGGGGAACGACUACACCAGCCCGUUUAAGGAGGAGCUCCGCAGGACCCUGCAGCAGAGGAGCGUGCUCCCGGACGCCAAUCCCGAGGAGUCGUCGGUGUAGCCCCGGGACGCCCCCUGCGGACUCGAAACUAAAACUGCAACUAACCUACCUCCCUCCAUUACGGAGCCUCCCCCCAACCCCCUUCUCCUCCUCCUCCUCCUCCUCUCUCUCAUCGUUCACGCGCUCUCUCGAUUCCGCCGAUUCGCCCGCUCUGUGAUUCUCGCUGGGACACGGUCGGACCCACGGAAGUCUGCAUGCGACCGUUCGUUUGGACCGGCGACUCGACCGGCUGCGCUCUCUUUCGCUCCAGAAGCAUCGCCAUGGUCACAUUCUUCCGCCGCCUCAUUACCACUUAACGACCGUGUAAAUUCUGUAAUUAAAGACAAGCGGAGAAAUCCCAGUCCUCGGGCAUGGCGAUCAAACGGACAGGACCGGAGAGGAGGGGAGAUCCUCACGCUGAGGACGACUGCGAUUGGUGGCGUGGAGCCAAUCAGACGCUGAGACUGGGGCUGCGACAAAGCCAAUCGGCAAGUGACGCAGGCUGCAUGAGAAAUGGACCACUUUAAUUUCUGACAUUCUGAAUUCCUAAAAGCUUUUCUGCACUUCAAGGGGCUCCUGACUGAACGUCUGUUCUGUUUGGAACAGAGAGAGAGACUAAGAGAGAGAGAGAGAGAGAGAGAGAGAUACAAAGAACAGAAUAAAACUGAAAAUAAGAUGACAAUCAUGCGCUCCCCUCCCCCCGCCGGGGAGGUGACCCUUGCGGGUAAAAGAGGGGAGAGAUGGAGAGGAUUAAACAAGUUUGAUGAGAAAGAGGUGGGGUGCUUUUUUUAAAUGAAGGACAGCACUCAAGACUUUCUCAACAAUUCUGUUUGUACUUUGAAAUCUUUUUCCUUUGAGAUUGUCUUCUUCCGCUCCAGUGAUAUUAAUAUAUUGUGAUGAUGUUAAUUAAGACGCCUUUUCAAAGGAACUGUGUUAUUUUCUAUCUCUUUGGGCCCGUGGGGACAAAAAAAAAAAAAAAAAAGGAAAAAAAAGAAGAAAAUGGGCGACAAAGGACCUUUGAAGCACCUGUUACUCUGAAUGAAUAAGUGGGUUUGCCUACCGCCCACCUGUAUUCCUGCCCGCUGGGCCUGUUAUCUCAGCGUCCCCUAACACUCUUCCCACAAUGCAUUUCAGCAAGUCUCACGUGCCGCUCUAGGCUUUUCUGCUUGGCUUUUUUUUCUUUUCUUUCUGGUGUGUUUUUAUACACAUUCAUUUUAAAAAAGCAAACUUGUGUAAUCUAAGCUCUCCCCAUUUAGUGUGGGAGGACUCAGUUUAUUACAUGGGCUGAAAUAUAGCAAAACAAAAAAAGUUUUUUUUUUUUUUUUUUAAAUCAAUAAAUCCAGGCUUCGCUGUACAUGGGCAGCGUGGGUAGGAAUAGUGGAUGUGGAAAGUAAGCAAACCUAGUUUAAAAUGUUAUUUUGCAGCUGAACUGGAUGACUCAACAAGUGCUUUAUUGUAUGUGUUUGAUGGUUGGGGGGGGUGGGGGGUCGGGUGGCUAGAUUUGCCAAAAAUAUGGCCUUUGGCUCCGCCCCUUAUGCCAAAUUAGGUGUCUACAGUGUUCUCUGGAGGGGCGGAGCCACGGCACCAGCCCAGGAUGAAGCCCCGCCCCCUCGAUUUUGGUGGGAAUGGAUGAGGGAUCGUCGGGGCGGACAGACGUCUGGACAGACAGAGGGGAGACGACUCCAUCGGUGACUUUCACAGCCUGUCUACACAGGGGGCAGAUUUGUAUCCACAACCAACCGCAGGAACCCCAAAAAAAGGAAGACUUCACCUGGAGCAGGAUGCUAACGCUAAAGAGGAAAUGGAGAUGUAGAAUGUUGAAUAGACUUCCAGGUGGAGAGGCACUCAAAAUGGCCGCUGUAGUUUAUUAUGGUGUUGCGUGAACGUACCGCAAAUAUUCCUGGUUCAAAUGAACCUAUUGUUAACUUAAGUGGUUCAUUCUAAUAACCAAAUUUAUCAUUAAUUAUUGUAAUUUUUUUUUCUAUUUGGCACCCAAAUUUUGGACUGAACUUGACCAAUUCCCACUCUAAGUUUGGAAUAUCCAUUUGACCGUUUGUGGCCAUGUUCUUGCAGAUCUCCACUGCUGAUUCGGGAGAGUAGACAUUUGGAGUUCUCCUCUGAAACAUGUGGGGUUACUAGCUGCUUCUUUUCGCACUGUUGAUUACAGCUAAGCUCUUAUAGAGUUGAGUCAGAGGAAGACCUUUCAUAUGCGGCUUUGGCAUUCAGUCCAUGGGAGCCCAAUCAAAUCAAAGUAUUACAAUUUUAUAAUUUUUGGGGAAUAUAUACUUUAAGAGAUGUUCCUAUGGUUAUGCAGAAUUGACUAAAUUGAGGGAAAAGUUCAUUUUGAUUUCUUUAACCGAAUGAGCCACCCAGCAGGCCUGAAUUAAUGAUCGGUUAAUAAUUUUGCACGUUCGUUAGACGGUAAACAAAUAAUCGAUGUUUCAUAGUGCCUCUUCACCAUGGGAUAGGCCAAAGUUGACUGCAGUUGAUCUUUUGUGGUUGUUCGCCAGAUGGUUUCUUAUUUAUUUUUUGAUUUCACGUUUGUGAUUUUUAAGUUGUGAAAGUCCGUCCGUAAGGCAGACCGAAGCUGUGCUUUGUUAUUGCUUUGUUUUGCUGCUGUUGCUUUGCUGUUUGGUCGCCACUUUUUGGUUAUACACUUUUCACAUAACAAGAAAAAAAAAAAAUGAAACAACAUGUCACUUUCUAUUUUCUGAAACACAAGGCUGUGAUUUUCACAGCUCUGAGAAAGAAAGGUCCCAUAUUUCCGAAGUGGUGGUUCUGACAAAGAAAAAGUAAUGAGGUUGCAGCAGUCAUACCCCAGACUGUGGAUUCUUCUCGCCCUUUAACUGUUUGAUGCCUGUUUACAUUUUUUUAAAAUCUCUUAAUGGUUAAAGAUGUUUCAGAUGAUUGUGAAUUUUCUUUUCAGGGCAGUAAUUUAUUUUGUUUGUCUUUCAAAAAACCAAAAUGGUUUUACAGGGAAGCAAUUGCAUGCAAACAAUUGCACUUGUGCUUACUUUUGACUAUGAGUAGAAUGUAAGAGACCAUUCAAUUGGCAUGCAAAAGGCUCAAAGAAGCUGAGUUUUGGCUGAAGCUGUACGAUUCUUUUACCUGGAGGGUAUUUAAUCCUGGUUAUGUCUUUACAUUUAUGCAAAAAAAAAAAAAAGCUGAUUCAAGCAAUGCCUUCCUCAAAUCGUUUUAAUAUCAUUUUUCCCCUUCUGCAGCUUUCGUUCUGUAUUUCAUAAUUGCUUUGAAUUUGUUAUUUUGUUUCUGAAAGAUUCUGUUGUUUGUUUUUAUCUUUUUUUUUACAGGAUUAUGUUGUUUAGUAACUUAUUUUGCCUGUACAAAUGUCCAUAUUUAUUACCAGUGUACAUAAUUCCUUAUUUUUUAUAUAUAUAAAUAAAUGUAGAGAUCACUUCACUUCA